AUGAUCAAGGAGGUCGCGGGCACGAGCGACCCCGAGAGCAUCACCACGGUAAUGGUGCGCAACCUGCCGGCCAGGUGCACGCAGGGCGAGGUGGUGGGCGAGCUGGACAGGUCCGGCUUCGAGGGCUGCUACGAUUUCUGCUACAUGCCGUGCGAUUUCGACUCCGGGCAGAACAACGGGUACGUGUUCGUGAAUUUCAAGACUCCAGCCGUCACGAGGUCCUUCAAGGAGACGUGGCACGGUCGCUCGCGAUUCCCAAACCAUCCCGACAGCCGUUCUUUGCAGGUGACUGCUGCGCACAUCCAGGGGUACGAGGCCAACAUUGCGAUGCUGCAGACCGCUGGCGUCAUCCGAAAUCCGAACUUCCGCCGGCUCGUCAUAAGCAAGAGCGACCCCGAUCGCUGCAGCCUGGGCCUGGGACAGCCACCGCCAGCUGCCCCGCCAGCCGCUGGGCUCCCAGCAGCACCUCCGCCAUCCGGUGGCCUCGCGGAGGGGGCCGGCCCACAGACGGCGCUGCCGAAGCCGCCGGGCAGAUUCUUCGCGGCGCCCGCGGGCGCUCGCCCGCAGACGUCCAGGAGCCAGCACCACGCCUGGCAGCACCACGCCCAUCCUGCCAUGUUCUGGCCGGGCAGCUCCUGCCAGCUCCAGGCCAGGCAGCAGGGAGCGCAGGCGUUCCCGGGUCCAGCCAUUUGGCAGUGGCGCAACCCAGCCAUGUGA